AUGAUCCAUAUCAUAAAGCUCCAAUCGAGAAGAGCUUUGCUUAAUUCAUGGAAAUCUGCCAUAAAAUACACGUAUAGGCCCUUAACUACGACAUCCAUUGGGACCGGAAUAACAUAUAGACACCGAUUAUUCCAUACUGUACGUCCUUUACUACAAGACAAGAAAGCUACUGACGAGGAUUUAGAAAAGAUUAAAGAAGAAAUCAGGAAGUAUAUUGAGGCAAGGGAACGAAAUAAUGGGAAAGAUACUGAUCCGGUAAAAAAGGAACAAAUUGACAAUGAACUAAGAAGAUUAGAAGAAACUUUAAGGAAUCAAGAAGGAGAAGCUAAACGUGAUGAACCCUUGCAUGAGAAUGAGCAUGAUCAACCACCGCAUGAACGAAUGCAGGAUGGGAAAUUUUUCAGCCCAAAACUCGAUCCUGCUAAUAGAGAUAACAAUGGAGUUCCUCCAGAGCCACCAAAAAAUAUCAAUUUAUUUCAAAUUGGUUUGACGUUCUUUCUUCUAUCAUUCCUAGUAGAUGCAUUCAAUACAGCCGAGGAAAGGAAAGAAAUUACAUGGCAAGAAUUUUACGCUACUUUGCUCUCCAAAGGUUAUGUUUCAAAAUUAUUCGUUAUCAAUAAAUCUGUCGUGAAAGUAAUUUUAAAUGACAAUGGUAAGAAUUCUCCUGAACAUUCAGGUAACGAUUUCUAUUACUUCACUAUUGGUUCAAUUGAUUCGUUCGAACAUAAACUAGCUGAUGCUCAAAAGGAUGCUAAUUUGGAAAUUCCAGUAGAAUAUAUUCAAGAAGGGAAUUGGUCGAAGGCGAUGUUCCAAAUAUUACCUACUGCAUUGAUGAUUGCUGGUAUCAUAUGGUUGACAAGUAAAUCUGUAUCUUCGGCUGGCGGUUCCCGUGGUGGUAUGUUUGGUAUUAGUCGUUCCAAAGCAAAGAAAUUCAACACUGAAACGGCAAUGAGGAUCAAAUUUAAGGAUGUUGCUGGAUGUGAUGAAGCCAAAGAGGAAAUUAUGGAAUUUGUUAGUUUCUUAAAGGAACCAUCUCGUUAUGAGAAGAUGGGUGCCAAAAUUCCACGAGGCGCUAUCUUGUCAGGUCCUCCAGGUACAGGUAAGACUCUCCUAGCUAAGGCUACAGCUGGUGAAGCUGGUGUCCCAUUUUAUUUUGUCUCUGGUUCUGAAUUUGUUGAAAUGUUUGUUGGUGUUGGUGCCGCUAGAGUACGUGAUUUAUUUAAGACAGCUAGAGAAAAUGCUCCAUCAAUCGUUUUCAUUGAUGAAAUUGAUGCUAUAGGGAAGGCAAGGCAAAAGGGGAACUUUUCUGGUGCUAAUGAUGAAAGAGAAAACACUUUGAACCAAAUGUUAGUUGAAAUGGACGGCUUUACACCAUCUGAUCAUGUUGUGGUGCUUGCCGGUACCAAUAGACCUGAUAUUCUUGAUAAAGCAUUAUUGAGACCCGGUAGAUUUGACAGACAUAUUAAUAUUGAUAAACCAGAAUUAGAGGGUAGAAAGGCAAUCUUUGAAGUUCAUUUACAGAAGUUAAAAUUAGCGGGGACUGUUUUGGAUUUAAAGAAUAGAUUAGCAGCAUUGACUCCUGGGUUUGCAGGGGCUGAUAUUGCCAAUGUAUGUAACGAAGCUGCAUUGAUUGCAGCUAGAAAUGAUCAGCCAUCAGUUAGAUUAGAACAUUUUGAACAAGCUAUCGAAAGAGUUAUCGGUGGUGUUGAAAGAAAAUCCAAGUUAUUGUCACCAGAUGAAAAGAAAGUUGUUGCAUAUCAUGAGGCUGGACAUGCUAUCUGCGGAUGGUUCUUGAAAUACGCUGAUCCUCUAUUGAAAGUCAGUAUCAUUCCUCGUGGCCAAGGUGCUUUGGGAUAUGCACAAUACUUACCUGGUGAUAUUUUCUUAUUGAGUGAACAACAACUGAAACAUAGAAUAAUCAUGUCACUUGGUGGUAGAGUAUCUGAAGAAUUACAUUUUUCAUCCGUAACUAGCGGUGCGUCAGACGAUCUUAAAAAGAUAACAAGUAUGGCCACCGCUAUGGUGACUCAAUUAGGUAUGAGUGAGAAGAUUGGUUGGAUUAACUAUCAAAAAAGAGAUGAUUCUGAUUUAACCAAACCUUUCUCUGAAGAAACCGGAGAUCACAUUGACUCAGAAGUACUUAGAAUAAUACAUGAAUGUCAUACAAAAUGUACGGCAUUGCUGAAGGAGAAAGCUGUUGAGUUAGAAAAAGUGGCUCAAUUCUUAUUAAAAAAAGAAGUGCUGACUAGAGAAGAUAUGAUUAAUUUACUGGGUAAACGUCCAUUCCCAGAAAGAAAUGAUGCUUUUGACAAAUAUUUGAAUGCAAGUGAGACUAAAAGAUUAAGAAAUCAAGAAAAAAAUGGACAAAAUGAAAAACCAGACGAAACUAAGCUUGAUUCAGAGUCCAAGUGA